AUGCAUCUCCUCAGCGCCUGGCUACUGCUCGUGGAAUACCUGGCUUUCUUGGACUCUAAGUGGGAGUUUCAGCACCCCAAAACCCUCUACACUUGGAAGGGGGCCUGCGUCUGGAUUCCCUGCAGAUACACAGCCCCAGAGCAAGAGCAACUGAUAAAGUUCACCCUGUACCACAAUUCUGAGUAUGAUGGCAUCUCCAAGGUCUACAAGGGGCUCAUCCUCUAUGAAAACAAAGUGCCUGGAGAGUUCCUUCCUCAGCAGGGAAGGGUACGAUUCCUGGGAGACAAAAUACACAACUGCUCCCUGAGCAUCAACCCGGUGCAGGUAAAUGACAGCGGUCACCUGGGGCUGAGGAUGAUGUCGAUGAAUGACAAAUGGUUGGAGAAAAUAUACCUCAAUGUCUCCGAAACGCCUCUUCCACCUCACAUCCAGCUCCCUCCGGAAAUUUGGGAGUUACAGGAAGUCACUCUGACCUGCUUGCUGAAUUUCGCCUGCUUUGGGUACCCAAUCCAAUUGCGGUGGUCCCUGGGGGAGCCUGCUGUCACCUCGACCACCAUUACUACCAGUAAUGUCCUCACCCAGAGCCAGCUCACGUUCCAGCCACAGUGGACUGACCAUGGGAAGAACCUGACCUGCCAGCUCUGGAAUGACACCAAGGUGCUCUGUGUGGACACAGUGCAGCUGGAUGUGAAGCACUCCCCGAAGCUGAAGAUCGAGGUCAAUCCGAGUGAAACCACUGUAGUAGAGGGGAAGACGGUGACUAUGACAUGCCAGAUCAUCAGCAGCAACCCAGAGUACCACACGAUAUCUUGGCUCAAGGAUGGGACCCUGCUGAAGGAGCAAGAGACGCUCACACUAACUCUGUCCACGGUGACCAAGGAGAUGAGUGGGAAGUACCGCUGUCAGGCCUCCAAUAAUAUUGGCACAGGAAAGUCAGAUGACGUGGCCCUCGAAGUGCAGUAUGCUCCGGAACCUUCCAAAGUUCAGAUCCUCCAUUCACCAGCUAAGGAGGGAGAUAAAGUAGAGCUGACUUGUAUAUCACCAGCCAAACCUCCUCCAUCAAAUUACACCUGGUUUCACAAUGGGAAAAAAGUGCUUGGAAGGACAGAAGAGAAAUUCCAGAUCUCAAAGGUCCUCCUCUGGCAUGCUGGGACUUAUCGCUGUGUGGCAGAAAAUAGUCUGGGUCGGGGACAGGUUGGCCAGGAAGCUGAUUUGGAUGUCCAAUAUCCCCCCAAGAAUGUGACCACGGUGAUUCAAAACUCCACACCAAUUCGAGAAGGAGACAGUGUGACUCUUUACUGUAUCUACAAUUCCAGUAAUCCUAAAGUUACCCAAUAUGAAUGGAGCCCCAAAAGCUCCUGGAAUGAGCUAUCACCCGGGGUGCUGACGAUUCAAAAAGUUGCCUGGGACGUCACAGCAAUCACUUGUGCAGCUUGUAACCGCUGGUGUUCUUGGGCUUCACCUGUCAACCUGGAUGUCCAGUAUGCCCCCAGAGAUGUGAGGGUGCAGGUCAGCCCCCACUCCGAGAUUCGCUCUGGAAACCAGGUCCUCCUCCGAUGUGACUUCUCAAGCAGCCACCCCAAAGACGUCCACUUCUUCUGGAAGAAAAAUGGAAGCUUUCUGGAGGAAGGAAGAGAACUGAGCUUUGACUCCAUCUCCCCAGAAGAUGCUGGAAAUUACAGCUGCUUGGCCAACAACUCCAUAGGACAGACGACGUCUAAGGACUGGAUGCUCCAAGUGCUGUAUGCACCCAGGAGUCUGCGUGUGUCCAUCGCCCCGGGAGACAGAGUGAUGGAGGGGAAGAAGGUGGCCCUGACGUGUGAGAGCGACGCCAACCCUCCCCCCUCCCAUUACACCUGGUUUGACUGGAAUAACCAAAACCUCCACCACGCUGGCAAGACUCUGAGACUGGAGCCUGUGGAGAUCCAGCACUCAGGCGCCUAUUGGUGCCAGGGGGCCAACUGGCUGGGCACGGGGGAGUCACCCCCCAGCACCCUCACUGUCUACUAUAGCCCGGUGACCAUCGGCAGGAGAACAGCCAUGGGAAUCGGGCUGUGCCUGGCCAUCCUCAUCCUGGUAAUCUGGGGGUUCAAGCUUCAGCGGAGCUGGAAGAGGAUUCAGGGCCAGCAGGAACUGCAGGAAAAUUCCAGUGGUCAGAGCUUCUUUGUGAGAAAUAAAAAGAUUAGAAGGGCUGCUCUCUCAGAAGCCUCACAUUCCCUGGGAUGCUAUAACCCAGUGAUGGAAGAUGCCAUUAGCUAUGCCGCCUUGCGCUUUCCAGAGACUGACGCAUCAAGAACUGGAGAUGCAGAGAACUCAGAGAUGCAGGGACCUCCCCCAAACAGUGACAACACGGUCACCUAUUCAGUGGUGUCUCCCCCAAAUAGCGAUGACAUGGUCACUUACUCAGUGGUGCAGACACAUCAAAUGGGUGACUAUGAGAAUGUGGCUGCGGCUUUUCCAGAAGACGAGGGGAUUCAUUAUUCGGAGCUGGUUCAUUUGGGGGGUGGGAAGCGGCCUCGGGCCCAGGAAGAUGUGGAAUACGUGGUCCUCAAGCACUGA